CUUAGCAGCAGCACCAGCGUGCACUCCAGCGCAGCGUUCAGUCCGGCACAGACGCUUGAGGCUUCAUCCUCUCUGUUCUAUCUCUUUUCUAUCAGUUAGGUACACUAACACACAACCAGCAGCCAUGGAUGCCAUUAAGAAGAAGAUGCAGAUGCUCAAGCUUGACAAGGAAAAUGCCUUGGACAGAGCAGAGCAGGCUGAGGGAGACAAGAAGGCAGCAGAGGACCGCAGCAAGCAGCUGGAGGAUGAUCUGGUAGCCCUGCAGAAGAAGCUGAAGGGCACAGAGGAUGAGCUUGAUAAGUACUCUGAGGCCUUGAAGGAAGCACAAGAGAAGCUGGAGCUGGCAGAGAAGACAGCCACAGAUGCUGAGGGUGAAGUGGCCUCUCUGAACAGACGUAUCCAACUGGUUGAGGAGGAGUUGGAUCGUGCUCAGGAGCGUCUUGCCACUGCACUGCAGAAGCUGGAGGAGGCUGAGAAGGCUGCUGAUGAGAGCGAGAGAGGAAUGAAGGUCAUUGAGAACAGGGCCUUGAAGGAUGAGGAGAAGAUGGAACUGCAGGAGAUCCAGCUGAAGGAAGCCAAGCACAUUGCUGAGGAGGCUGACCGCAAGUAUGAGGAGGUGGCUCGUAAGCUGGUGAUUGUUGAGGCUGAGCUGGAGCGUACAGAAGAGCGCGCUGAGCUGUCUGAGGGUAAGUGUUCUGAACUGGAAGAGGAACUGAAAACUGUGACCAACAACAUGAAGUCUCUUGAGGCCCAGGCUGAGAAGUACUCUGCGAAAGAGGACAAGUAUGAGGAGGAGAUCAAGGUCCUGACUGACAGACUGAAGGAGGCUGAAACUCGUGCAGAGUUUGCUGAGAGAACAGUGGCAAAACUGGAGAAGACCAUUGAUGAUCUUGAGGAUGAGUUGUAUGCCCAGAAGCUCAAGUACAAAGCCAUCAGUGAGGAGCUGGACCAUGCCCUCAACGACAUGACAUCCAUAUAAUUUGCUUACGUUUCCUCACCGGUGUGUUCUGGCUGAGGGGCUUCUUCAUUUUCCUCACCCUUUCUCUCUUUUUCUCUAUGUUCUUAUAUGUUCUCUAUCACUCCAUCCUUCCUGUGUGGGGCAAGGCGACAAAGCACUUACACUAUGUUUGGUGCCUAAAGCUUUGAAUCAUUUUGCUUUCUGUAAAAUAAACAUUCAUCCAUC